CCUGGUUUUCUCCGACCGAGCUGCCUAUAUAUUCCCUUCCCUCCCCUCCGUUUCUUCCUCCACUCCACUCCUGCCACUCUUCUCUUCCGCUUCCUUCCUUCUUUCCGUUCUUGCUGCUUUUUUGUUCCCUUUGCUUUAACCAGCCGUUACCGAUGGCCUACAGAGCGAGGGUUUCGGAGAGGAGCCACAGGGAGGCGGGGAUCCUCCAGGUUUCCGGCGACGACGAGGGGGGUUACCCCAGGGAGUUCACGACCGCCAUGAGGGCGUACAGGUCAAAGCGGUUCUACGACGUGAGGGCUGAGCGGAGAGUGUCCUUCCUGAAGGCUUGCCACCUCUGCAGGCGGCCGCUUGGUGAGGGCGACGAUAUCUAUAUGUAUAAGGGCGAUACCCCGUUCUGCAGCGAGGAGUGCAGGCAGGAGCAGAUCGAGCUGGACGAGGCCAGCGAGAUGGCCUGGGGGUCUGUGAAAGCGAUGCAGAAGAAGAGUAAGGCCUCCCUCGCCGAGCAGCAGCAGCAGCAGCAGCAGAAGUCGGAUAGCUUCCGGGUCCGGGCCGGCACCGUCGCCGCUGCGUAGGGUCGGUCGCUUAGGCGCCGCCAGAUUUCUCCUUUCUACCUAUAAAUAUAGAUCACGGGAAGAAAGAAAGGACUUUGAAAACCGAUGCAGAGAGUAAGAAGAUAAAAGAAAGGCGAAAGAGAAGAGUCGCCGCAGCAAGUGUUCUGAAGAGCUCAUUUUUUGCGGCGGAAGUCCGGCGAGUUUCGUUUGAUCUUUUUCGGCCUUUUUCCGGCGGGGAAUUAGAGUGAAGGAUGAGCGGCAAAUCAGGGAUGAGGAGCGGUUCGCUCGGACGAAGAUGCCCUCUUUUCCUUCUUCUUUUUUCUUUCCCCCCUUCCGCUUUCCUGUAAUUACGCUGAGAUGAUGGGAGAGCGCUUUUCAUUAUUCUGAAGAACGGGCAAAUUGUAUAGAGCGUCAAGAGGGCUCAGGGAUCGCCCUUCUGUAUGUAUUCGACCUUUAUACCCUUGAGCUUGUAAAAAGUUUCACGUUGCCCUUUCCAUUCUCA